GAAAGUACAUGAAUGCAGCACGAGGAUCAACCUGGAGUUAACUACGGCACUACUGCGCACAAACACCAAAAACAAACGCUUUUACACCGUUAUGGGGCACUUGUGACCAACUAACCUUUCCUUAUACCGACUUCUACACUCGUGUCUGUGCAGAUUAACAACUUUUUAGGCGGUAAAUGUCGACGUUUUGCAGUUUGAGUUGAGUUCUGCUUUGAGUCCGAUGGCAGGUCUAACGACAGAGGCGCACGGCUCGGUUUGACGUAGCUUUCACACACUUUUCAUCGUUCCCAAAGUCCAAUGUCCACAGCAAACUGCGCUGAGGAGCUGGACUUCAGACUCAUCUUCGAGGAGGACGGAAGACAACCAACAGGUCUGGAUGUGAGGGCAAAUCCAUCUUCCACACAGAAUCUGGAUCUCCAAGACCCAAAUUUAAACAUCUACCAUCAUCAUGUGACCCCCCAAUCUCAGCAGCAACCACAACUCCAGGGGACCCAGUACGGAGCCCAGGGAAACCCCAGGGCCUUUGACUGCCCUAGUAUCCAAAUCACCUCCAUUGCCCCAAACAAUCACAUAGACCAGUGCCAGGAUGUCCAAGGUGCAGAGGGGGGAUAUUCGGAUGCCUCUUGGUCUCGCGAUCAGCUUUACCUACCUGUGGACGUUUGUUACCGCGACCAAACUCUCUGUCCUAGCCCAUGCAGCAGCCUGUCGUCCCGCAGCUGGAUGUCGGAUCUAUCCUCUUGCGAGUCAUUUUCUUGCACUUAUGACGACGUGGAGGGGGAACUGCAGGAUGCGGCCCGAUUGGCUUUGGGAUCGCCUCAUGGAUCCCCUUUGGGGUCUCCUGGGUGUGGAGGAGGUGCGUUUGGUGUGGAGCUCUGGCAGCAAAAGUACCAGCACCCCAUGGCCUUCAGCCCGGCUCUGUCGCCUCACCAGUCUCCACUCGGUUCGCCCUGCCACUCCCCCCGAACCAGUGUCACAGAGGAGAGCUGGCUCAACCGCCGGCCCUCGUCCAGACCAUCUUCUAGACCCACGUCUCCAUACGGUAAAAGGCGCCAUGCUAGCUCUGAUCCCCAUGCCUGCUCACCCUCCCCUCACCACUCUCCUAGCCCCACCCCAGGUGCCUCUCCUCGGGGCAGUGUGACUGACGACACCUGGGUUGGCAGCCCUGGAGCUGCUCUGGGUGCCCUCCUGAUGUCUGGCUACCCGGAGCUGGAUGUCCCAUCUAAGACCCGGCGAACAUCAGGGCAGCAGAUGGGUCUCCUGACGGGGCAGACUGACUCGGGGCUGGAGGAGCUGAGGACCACCAUUCCAUUUCAGGAUUCACCCGGAGAGGAGAGCCAUGAUCAGGAUGGACUUGCAGAGCUCUUUCUCCAAGUGCCUUCUCACUUCAGCUGGAACAAGCCCAAACCAGGAAGCACACCGCUCUUCAGUGUCUCCUCUCCUCCUCCUCUGGACUGGCCUCUCCCAAAUCAGUUCAAUGGACUUGAGCUGAAACUGGAGGUCCAGCCCAAGUCAUACCACCGGGCGCACUACGAGACCGAGGGAAGCAGAGGGUCUCUAAAGGCAGCCUCCGGGGGGCAUCCUCUGGUUAAGUUGAGUGGUUUCAGUGAGCAGCCCGUGAGCAUGCUGUUGUUUAUCGGUACUGCAGAUGACAGGUACCUCCGGCCCCACUCCUUUUACCAGGUCCACCGCGUCACAGGCAAAACGGUCACCACCAGCUGCCAUGAGCAGGUCCAGAGCAACACCAAAGUCCUGGAGAUCCCCCUGCUCCCAGAGAACGACAUGUCCGCCAGCAUCGACUGUGCAGGAAUCCUGAAACUACGCAACGCUGACAUUGAGUUGAAAAAGGGGGAGACUGACAUCGGCCGUAAAAAUACCAGAGUUCGAGUUGUGUUCAGGGUCGCUGUGCCUCAAGCAGACGGACAGAUACUGUGGCUUCAGACGGCCUCCGGUCCCAUCGAGUGCUCCCAGCGCUCAGGCCAAGAGCUCCCUCACGUGGACAGCUUCAGUCCAUCCUGUUGCUGUGGAGAUGGAGGAGAUGAAAUGGUCAUCAUAGGCUCAAACAUCUCUACUCAGUCCAAAGUGGUGUUCCUCGAGAAAGGACCUGAUGGAAAGACUAUGUGGGAAAUGGAAGCCAGAAUUCUACCCGAGAAAAGUUCUGGGUCGAGCAUUGUAGUCCAAGUCCCUCCUUACAUCAGGAAGCAGUCAGGUCCAGUCCAAGUCCAGUUCUACGUUUCAAACGGAAAGAGGAGAAGAAGCCUAACGCAGAAUUUCACUUUCUUACCCAACUCUCACCGUCCGCUCCGCACCACCAUUGCUGUCCCGCCCCAUCUGGUCAAACAAGAAAGGGGCUGGGAAGUGCUGGGCCGUAUUUCCCAUAGUGCACCUGGUUUCUCUGCUCAAGCCUCACCUGACUUGUCUUACUACAGCAGUGGAGAGCUUCCAGUUCACUGCGAUCCACCCCAAAAUCCUCCUCCUCGUCUCCAUCACCCCCCGCAACCACCUCCUGUCACGCUUCCCACAGCACUCAAUUACUCACAGCCCUCUUCAAUGCCCCUUCAACCACCUUUGAUACCCCCUCGGGCGGCUUUAGUGUCUCCCCUCGCUUACUCCGUCCCGCCCCAGCCUGACUCACAAGGAGGGGCAGGCAUCAGUGUGUCCCCCUCUCUAAGCAGGGCAUCUUUUGUGACAUCGGUGGAACCCCAAAAGGAAGCUGUGCUCCUAAAUACAGUGCCGGUGCUAAACAUCAAACAGGAGCCAGAGGAACAGCCCACCCUGGGAUGUCUAGGUCUACAAGAAAUCACUCUGGAUGAUGUGAACGAGAUCAUUGACCGGGACAUCAGUGGUCUUGGCCUGGAUGCAUCUCAGUUCGACCCGUUCCUGUCCUCAGAAUGGGAGCACCACAAAUCCAAAGAUGCCUUACCGUUCUGUGGAGCUCCUCAAUGAAUGAAACAACCUCUAUGCGCACAGCACAACCAAUGUUUGCACCAAGUGACCGAAAAGUGCCUCGAAUGCAUCCACCAUUUUAGAAAUAACUCAACAGGACUCUAGCAUCCAGUCACCUACUCUCUCAGGAAUGUAACUAUACCUCAUUGACCAACCAAAGAUUUAUCAAAGUGACUGAAAUUGACAAAGCUUCAUAACCAAAGGGCUGAAAAUCACGUCACCUUACAAUCAUUUCUAAAGUUGUGUAAAAAAAAAUGAUCAACUAUUAUUUAUUGGCCUUUUAAAACUAUUUUUGAUACACUGAAAGUGGGCAAGUAAAUGAUAAAACCUGCAGCUGAUAUUUUACAUUUUAAAAUUUAGAUUGAGCUUCUGUACAGUUUACAUUUGCUUUGAAGAAAUAUUUUAACUGCUGUUCAACCUGUUUUGGUGUGAAACUGAAUCGUAGAAAAUGUAUCACAGGUUGAAUUAAAAUAAGACUCAACAAUGUG